CAACCACUUCUCUUUCUCUCUCUCUCUCUCUCUCUCUCUCUAAACAUAAUUUCUAACCCCACCCACGACGUACUCCCCCCACCCGCCAAUUUUACCCGAAAUUCCCAUAACGCCCUCCCCCGUCACCGCCGCGACGUUAUCAUGGCUCCCGACCAAGACGACGCCGUUCUCCCCGAAGGCGACCUCUCCUCCUCCUCUCAGGACGAGGAAGAAGACGACGACGUCGUCGAUGAGGACGAGGAAGAAGAUGACGUCGACGUCGACGACGACGACGACGUCAUCAACUCCGCCUCCCCUUCCACGUCAUCCGCCGGCGCCACGGAUUCUCUCCCCGUCGCCAUCGCCACCGCAACUCCAACCGUCACCGUCGCCCUUCCCGCUCGGGCCCCGCCUACCGUGCCUCUGACCCUCGCUUCUGCUCCAACCACCGUAAUCACAAACGACGCCGUGUUGUCGUCCGAUCCCAAACGGCACCCCGCGUUGUCGUCCCUGCCGGAGGAGAAAAAACCGGCUGUGCUCGACGAUUCUCGGAGAUUAUUUCAGAGGCUGUGGACCGACGAGGACGAGAUCGAGCUUUUACAGGGCUUCCUCGACUACACGACGCAGCGAGGCAGCAGAGGCUCGCACCAGGGCCCAAACGACACCGCUUUGUUCUACGACCAGAUCAAGUGCAAGCUCCAGCUUGACUUCAACAAGAACCAGCUCGUCGAGAAGCUCCGGCGGCUGAAGAAGAAGUACCGAAACGUAGUCACCAAAAUCGAGAGCGGCAAAGAGGUCAGCUUCAAGAGCCCUCACGAUCAGGCCACCUUCGAGAUCUCCCGCAAGAUCUGGAGCAAUAUCGGCCGAAUUGGCGCCGCCGACGAGAACGCCCUCGACGAUGAAGAUCCGAUCCCUAACCCUAACAAUCCUAAUUUCAACAGUUACGAUAUAAAGGCCGAGGAGGCUGCCGGUUUCGCCGGCGAUAAGAAGUCCACGCCGAGAUCACGCAAACGCUCGCGAAUACAGCCAAGGGCCGACGAGAAACCCCCUCCUCCGCCGCUACGUGGCGGUUUCGUUGAGCCAACACCGGUAAUAAAAGAUAAUAAGAACGGCAUUAACAGUAACAAUGGUGGUGCUGGUACUAAUGGCAGCAAUUGUAAUGUUCACGGGUUGAUUGAGGAGACGGUGAAGAGUUGUCUGUCUCCAUUGUUCAAGGAGUUACUGAGUAAUGCAAUGGGUGUCGGGCCAUCCAGAGGGUUCGGAGGGUUGGCAUUCAAUCCGAUUCCAUUGAGCUUCGGCGGGCCUUUGAUGAACUUGAAUUUCGGGGGCGGGGAAGUGGCGGAUGACAAGUGGAGGAAGCAGCAGAUUUUGGAGUUGGAGGUGUACUCGAAGCGAUUGGACUUGGUUCAGAAUCAGAUAAAAGUUGCAUUGGAUGAGUUGCGGUCCAAUGGCGGGUGAACAAUCGAUUGAAGGAAGGCAUUGAUGUAAGUUCGGGGACUCUUCAGAACCUUGAAUUCUUUGUUCAUAUAAAUUUGCUUGAUCAAUGCUGCAGCAGGUGUUUGCAUUUUACGAUUUUUUUUCCUUCUUUUGUUGAUUUCAUAGAACAGUUUAUGAAUAAUGGUUUUCCGAUCGUUGUCUAGUCGUUUCAUAGUUUUGUCCAUACUCUUUAGACGUGUAGAUAAUUGAUGAAUAAUUUAUAAAUUAGAAAGUUUUCGCUUCUUUCCCA